AUGUCACCUGUAGAAGCGUGUAAAAACAAGGACAUAGCAUUCCUGUUAGAUGUUACUGGCUCUCCAGAUGAUGCACCAAAGAUCCAACGGUUCUUGGCCUAUUUGGUCAACGAUUCAUUCGUAAUUGGACCUAGUGACGUCAAUAUCGCUAUUAUUUCUUUCAAACCGGAAAUAAAUGGCCAUGUGACACUGGACAAAGGGGACAUAUUUCCCGACGUAUCGGCAGCAAUCCUCACUGUGAACGUACACAAUGGGACAUCUUUCGAAAGCCAAACGUAUAACGCGUUGGACUUGGCCAAAACCGUUUUUCUUAGUCCUAAGCAUGUUCAAGGAGGAAGAAUAAAUGCAAGUAAAAUCGCUGUCGUCCUAACUACGGGACUGAACGACAAAUUCUGCACUACUGUACAAAAGGCGCUGGCGGCAAAGCAACAGGGUAUUGAAGUGUAUGCGAUAGGGGUCGGCAACAAGACAAGCCAACUUCUAGAACUGAAAGCGAUUGUUAGCCCACCUGCGUAUACCCAUGCUUUCCAUGUAGAAGCGUUUGAUGAGCUGGGCGAGCUGGCAGAGGACUUCUCUAAAGCACUUUGUUCAGUUACAAACAACAUGACGUCACCAGAAGACGACGGCUGGUACAGGCAUUACCAGACAACUUGCCUGAAUGUAACCAGCUCAUCGCCGCAAUCUGGUGUGACUGUGAUUGCAUUAUUGUGGCUUGCUGCCAUAAUUGGUUUCUUGUGUUGUAUGAAGAAAAAAUCGAGACGGGUGCGAGCUGAAGAUGUUCAAGUUGAUAAGUCAGCAGAAAAAGAAAACGGGUAG